GUGUGUUUGUGUUGAAGGUGGGGAUAUGAUGCCCAUGCUGGAACCCAUGGAAAUGCCGAACCACGCCAAGCAGCUGCUGCUGCAGUUGAACAGACAGCGCACCAAGGGUUUCCUCUGCGAUGUGAUCAUUGUGGUACAGAACGCCCUGUUCCGGGCCCACAAGAACAUCCUGGCGGCCAGCAGCGUCUACCUCAAGUCCCUGGUGGUUCAUGAUAACCUGGUGAACCUGGACCCGGAGAUGGUGAGCCCGGCUCUGUUCCGGACUGUCCUGGAUUAUAUUUACACUGGGGCCCUGGCUGAGGCGGAUCUGUGUAAUGAGCAGAACCUGGGGGCGAUCCUGGCGGCGGCCAGUUACCUGCAGCUGCCGGACCUGGUGGCUCUCUGUAAGAAGAAGCUGAAGCGGAACGGCAGCUACGUUCACAUGAGGACGGGUCUGGGCCUGGGCCUGGGCCUAGGCAUCGGCCUCUCCUCCUACGGUAAGCUGGCUCGGGGCCUGAGGAGCAGCACCCCAGUGAUCCAGUCCUGUUACUCGGUGGGAUCCAGGCUGCUCGACACUCCGCCGGCCCAUGGCAUCAACACCCAGGCCGGGGAGCUGUAUGCACCCCCGCCGGCCCAGGGCUCCCGCCUUCCUGCUGCUGCUGCCGACCUGGGCCUGGCCGAGCACGGCUCCCCACAGCUGCUGGGCCUCGACCUUUCCAAGCGGAGCCCCCUGGGGAGCAGCAGGGAACCCCGGGAUGAGCGGGAGCACGAGGCCGGGCACAGCAGCCCCUCAGCUGGCCCGCUCCUCAGUAACGGCCUAGUGGGCCCAGCUCUACAGCCCGGGCCCGGGGAUGGGGAAGGGGACGGGGACGGGGUGAUGUCCCCGGACGGCAGCAGCAGCUGCUUCAGGGGAGGCCAGGCCCCGGGCACUGACAGCCGGAGCAGGCCUGAGGCCUCGGAGCAGGCCCUAUGCCAGUGGCUGAAGCAGGAGCCACCCAGUCAGUUUACAGACGAGGUGAGGCCCAGGCCAGGCUCAGGGACAGGGUCAGGGCCCGGGCACAGCCCGGGGGGACCCAGGUAUCGGUCAGCAGCCGGCGACGAGGCUGAAGAUGAGAAGAGCAGCUGCGAGGAUACCAGCAGCGAGGAGCCAUAUAGCCUCGGCCUGGGGCCCGGGCCUCUGCAGAGGUUCCAGUGUGGGCACCUGAGCUUCGAGCCUGAGAACCUGGGCGAUAACCUGUAUGUGUGUAUCCCCUGUGGGAAAGGAUUCCCCAGCUCAGAGCAGCUCAAUGCCCACGUGGAGAGCCACACUGAGGAGGAGCUGCUGCACAGAGAGCUGGCGGAACAGAACAAUCCCUUCGUGGGCAAAACCAGCCCAGGCCUGGGGGACCUCAUCCGGCCUUACCGCUGCUCAAGCUGUGAGAAGUGCUACAAAGACCCAGCCACCCUCCGGCAGCACGAGAAGACCCACUGGCUGACCCGACCCUAUCCCUGCAGCAUCUGUGGCAAGAAGUUCACCCAGAGGGGUACCAUGACCCGCCAUAUGCGGAGCCAUCUGGGCCUCAAGCCAUUUGCCUGCGAGGCGUGUGGCAUGCGCUUCACCCGUCAGUACCGCCUCACCGAGCACAUGAGGAUCCACUCUGGGGAGAAGCCGUAUGAGUGUCAGAUCUGUGGGGGCAAGUUUGCCCAACAGAGGAACCUCAUCAGCCACAUGAAGAUGCACACGGGAGACUGCAAGGCCAGGCUGGAGCUGGGUGACACUCUCUACCCUCUCAAAGUGGGUGCCAGUCACCAGGACAAAGUGCCUGACCUCCCACCACCAGCCUCGCUGCAAGAUCCUGCACUCCUCCUACCCCCAGGCUCUGGCUCAGGACCCACCCAUUGAUUUGGGAACAAGGAGGGGGUAAUAAGUUGACUCAGACUGGAGUGUGUGGGCACACUCAGCCAGGAAUGGCCACUACGUGCUCUCUUUCUCAUUCUUUCCAGCCUGGAGUCUGGGGUCAUUGAAUCCCAAUCCCAGGAGGCUCCAGGCUCCUCUCUCCCCUAAGCCAUUUUCACAAACUACUCCCCCCUUCUCUACUCUUCCCACCCUAGUUAGAUACUUCCCCAGGAGGGGGACAGUUACUGUGAGGGGUUUGGAAGAAGGAGGACGGGGGGGGGGGGGGGGGGGGGUCGUAAGGGGAUUGUACCUCACUCACUGUGAAACUCAUCCAGAAACGGGGAGCAACCACUAGCAGAGGGACAUCCUGAGAUCCCUUUCAAGGUUUGAAGCAAUGAAAAACCGAGAGCUGACACUCUGGUCUCCUUUAACCAGCUUCCUGUCCAAAGCAGUUUAAACCAAAACCACUGAACUCUCAGCUAACGAGGGGUAGUUUAUUUCAACUGCGUUCAUAAGUUAUUCUAUUCUAAUUGUUUGUGAUGUUGACGUCUGUCUCCUAACCCUUAUCCCACCACUUUCACUCGCUCUUUCAUUAAGCACAAUGCAUUAAUCCGAGCCACUUCCCCAGCCACCAGCAGCCAGUUUGGCCUUGACAUCCCACUCCAACCAUCACCUACUCCUCCAGGAGCCCAGUGCCCAAGUACCCCCUCACCCACCUUGAGGCUCUGUACAUAUUUCAUUCCGAACAUAAUCAGCAAAUGGAACACCGUUCAAACUCUGAACAUUGUAACCGAGACAAUCAUAAGUGAGCUAACAGGAGUUUCAGCUUGUUUCAGUUGAGUGAUGCAGUCUCCAAUUCGGAUUCAGUCCCAGUGACAUUUAAAUGGACGGAUCUCUCACUUUAAAGACAGAAACUAAGUUGGAAAUCAGACACGGCUUGGUGGAUUGAAAACAAAUUUUGCUGAUGCAUUACACGGAACAAGAGAAAAUUUAUAAAGUGAGAUUGUACUUGACAACCUGUCUGGAAGUUUGUAGAGAUAAACGGUGGAACGGGUAAGAAGUUAGUUCCUCAAACUAAACCAGAUAAAUUUGGAGAAUUUGUUCACAACUUUUUAAGUGCAGUAUUUUAGCAUGAGAUGCAACUUGCCAGUAAUGUUAUCUUCAUGUUUUUUGCAGGGAUUUGUAAAGGUUGCCUAUUUUGUAUGGUCCUGUUGAAGUGGGUGGGGGAAAUGUAUGCACAGUGUCAUCAACUGCGUCCCUGAGACACUUUGCUGGAAAUUCAAUGCAACCAAAGUCAGUCAGAGACUCCCACCCAAAUAGUCUUUUUUAGAAACAAAUUUUAAAAA